CUAUGAGCGAAACCAGCAGGAGGGAGUUGUUGCGCAGUCCCAGCGCUUCUUCUCAAUCGACAGAUAUCACUGAGCCCUCGUCUCAGGGAGAACUCGACAUCAAGCUCGCAGGACCUAAAACAACAUUUCAGCGAUGGAGGCCAUCCUACCACCUCCAAGCAACAUCAGGUUGGAUGAAUGAUCCUUGCGCGCCUCAUUAUGACCCCGCCACCGGUCUAUACCACAUCUCGUACCAGUCCAGCCUAGACCUCAACAAUGCAGACUGGGGUGAAAUUGCAUGGCGGUCUGCUUCCUCGCCCGAUCUGGCCACAUGGACGCCUAAUCACUCCCUACCAUUGAGCCCUGACACAGUAUACGAUGGCAAGGGUGUUUUCACAGGCUGCAACGUGCCUACUCGAGACGAUUCAUUGACCUAUGUCUACACUUCCGUCAGCGAGCUUCCAAUUCACCACACUCUACCGCACGUUGUAGGAAGCGAGUCUCUGAGCAUGGCAAAAUCCUUCGACGGAGGUCGCACAUGGCAAAAGUUUGCAGGCAACCCCAUCCUGCCUAGCGAGCCAAGUGGUCUAGAGGUGACUGGCUGGCGGGAUCCUUUUGUCAGCGCAUGGCCUUCCAUGGCAAGAGCUCUUGGUGUGGACUCGGACAACACUCUUUUCGGAAUCAUCUCAGGAGGCAUUCGAGACGUCACACCCACAACAUUCCUGUACAGCAUUGAUCCAAACAACCUCACGAGUUGGCACUACAUCGGCCCUCUGGUGAACUUUGGUCUCAAUCUUCGCCCGUCAAAAUGGUCAGGCGAUCUAGGGAAGAAUUGGGAGGUCACAAACUUCCUCACUCUUCGAGAUAAUACGAAUCCGUCCGUGGUUCGUGACAUUCUCGUCAUGGGCACUGAAGGAUGUUUGCCGAGUGCAAUGCACGCUGUAGGAUCUUCUGACGACAAGACAGGCCCGACUCGUCCACACCGUGGUCAGCUCUGGAUGUCAGGCUCAAUUAAGAGCACGCGUGACUCCUCUGCAGCGGUUUCAAGUGCUGUCCAGAUGGAUUAUGGAUUUGGUGGGCACCUCGAUCACGGUUGUCUGUACGCCGCAAAUUCAUUCUUCGACACCAAGACUUCCAAGCACAUUGUCUGGGGCUGGAUCACAGAGGAAGACUUGUGUGAUGAACUCCGUCGUGAACAAGGUUGGAGCGGUCUACUCUCCUUGCCCCGAGAACUCAGUCUCCAGACGAUUGAGAAUGUUUUGUGCGCGAGAAACUCGAAUCUGGAGACAAUCACAUCAAUUGAGACUGAGCCCAAGCCGAAUGGUACUCAUACUGUACGGACUUUGGUAACAGAGCCAGUGACCUCAGUUGUCGAGCAGCUGCGAACCAAGGCAUCCGUGCGAAGAGCGAGACUCAGUCAGCCACUACCACGCAGAAAGUCCUAUGAUCUCGCCUUCACGUCGGAUGAUGUGCAAACAUUGGCAUGGGAGCUUGACUGUUCCUUCGCGGUAUCCGCAUCCUGUGAACAGAUUGGAAUACAGAUUNACUUUGCUCAAACGACUACGCUAUCUUUCUCACCAAGGACUGAAAAAUUUACCAUCGAACGUCCUUCUUUCUCCUCCGCUGCAUGCGAGGGUCUGAUCAACACAGCGCCCGAAGUCGCUCCCCAUACACUAUUCACCACCAACGACACGUCAAAAGACAGCCAGCCGGUCGAAGAGCUUCUACAUAUCCGGGUCUGGAGGGAUAAUUCAGCAUUGGAAGUCUUCGUCAGUGGCCGUACGGCGAUCUCGACGAGACUUUAUGCUGCCGAGAACACAGUGGGUAUACGGUUCUUUGCUGAUGACAACAUCGUGUUGGGCAACAGGAGCCAUUCACCUUCAGUUGGCCGACCCGGCAACUCACAAUUGAUGUUUGCGACGCUCUGGGAUGGGAUCGGAGUU